CAGAACAGAGGCUCCAGUCGGCGCUCGAUUGCUCGUGUCUGGCAGGGAACCGCGACUCUCAAUGCAGUAGGGCUCUGUGCUCGUGGGGUCAGGCCUGGCGCGCACCGGUUGUGACGCACACUUGGCGGCGACCUUGGAACCCCGAGGGCCGGGACAGGAGGUCUCAGCGGCUGGCGCGGGGAUGUCGAGGAGCUCGAAAGUGGUGCUGGGCCUUUCGGUGGUGCUAACGGCGGCCACCGUGGCGGGCGUGCAUCUGAAGCAGCGGCAGGACCAGCAGAGGCUUCGUGACGGAGUGAUCAGAGACAUUGAGAGGCAAAGUCGGAAAAAAGAAAACAUUCGUCUCCUGGGAGAACAGAUUCUUCUGACUGAGCAACUUCAAGCAGAAAGAGAGAAGAUGGUGUUGGCAAAAGGAUCUCAAAACACAUGACUUAAAAUGCAUGUGAAAUAU